AGUUGGAAAAUCAGUUAUGGGCUGUGGAAGGAGAAUAGAAGUGAGCCCCCAGGGCAUCCCUGUGGGCAGGGCAGCAGCCUGGACCCCUCUAUUUUAAGGCCAAUCACAUGACCUCAAGUGGAGUUAGGAGCAGGGGGGGGAAACUAUCCACAAUCCCAGCUCUUCUCCAUGCUCUCCCACCACCAGGCAGAGGUUUCCAGCAUGAAAUCCCCACACGUCCCCCUGUGAGCAGCUUGUCCUUGGGCAGCCCUUCCCAAUGUUGCAGCCUGCCCUGUUGUCGUCCCUCCCGGUCAACCCCCAGAGUGGAGCUGCUGCUAAGGCGCUGGGACAAACCAGGGCUGCUGCUCUGCUGGUAGGCCUGUGUUGAGGUGCCCUUGUGGUUCAGAGGCAGAGAGGGGUUCCUUGGGAAAGGGGCCUCCUGGCUCCUGAGGGAGGAGGGUUGGGCUUAGGCUACUCUGCCCCACCAUGUUCACUCCACAGAUCUCCAGCCCCUGAGCUGCAGGGCCCCUUCUGAUUGGCUCCGUUCACAUCAGGUAUUUUCCUUCAAUCGCCAGUUCCUAGGUUUGCUCCAUGCUGGCCACAUCUGCCAAAAUGCCCAGCGGUGAAUGUGCUUGAAUGCUCCCGUGAAAGACCUGACAGCUGGUCACACUGCGGCAAGCCAACCUGUGGCUGGAUUUAAGAAGCGACCCAUUGAGAGAGGUUGGCAGACUCCCAUCCAUCGUGCUCAGUGGCCAAAUCUGGGCGCCAUUUCGGUCUCCCUCCCAUUGUGCAGCUUUUUAACUGGAUGGCUUAGUGCCAAAGGUGGGCUGGGCUGCAGCCUGGAUCCAGAUGGUAGCUUGCUGGGCACGUUCUCCUUCAUGGGAGCCCAGAGCCUAUGCUGGAAAGAGGGUGGGGAGCCAGAAGUUCAGCAGGGCAAGGGAGCUGAGUGCCCCAGGGAAGGCUUGAGAAGCAUGCCCCUCCCCUUGCAUUUGCUCAGGGUUGUGGCCAGGUGAGGCCUCAGGGAAGGGGAGCGGCAGGCUGUCAUCAGAUGCCCUUGGGGCAGUCUCCAGCCAGGCCCCCUUGUGCAAAACAGCUCAGCUGAGAGGACAGGGCGAGGCCAGUAGCUGAAGCUGCAGCAGCCCCAUGGCUGAAGAAAGCAAGCAGGGCUCAGCCCUGCCAGCUGACAAGGUAUGCCCUCCAGGGGCUGAGUGCAUUCCUAGGGAGAGGCAGUGGUUUUGGGGAGGGUAGAGGUUGCACAUUUUGCCAAACCUGGAUGGUGCUGGCUUGGCAAAAGAUCCUUCAGAGCCAGCAGGAGUUUGGUGCCGGGCUAUGCUCCCUCCCUCUGUCUGCAUCUGGCUUUGCGCAACAGUCUGUGGGGCUGCAGAUGCCUGCAAAGCAGGCAGUGUGGAUGUGUGUGUUGCCCAGGUCGCCAAACAGUAGUACGGAUUUGAGUGUGGAGGCCAGUGCGGAAAGAUACUUUCACCUGAAUUUCUGACUGGCAGCCUGCCUCGACAGUGGCCUCCACUUUUUCCGGGGAGGCUUUGCAACUGCAAACAGGCUGUUCCCACAAUGGCUGCCAAUUCCAGAUGCCCCGCCCCGCCUAGAGAAGCUGUGCUAGGAGAGGCGGUGGAAGCAACAAGAUGGGUGUGACGUCCCAGACCCACCCAAGAACAGUGUGGAUCUGUACAUUUAGGAUGUCUAGGAUGGAGGUUACUCCAACCACCCACCCAGAAUUGAAUGGCUAGCCUAGGCAGGACAAACCAGGGCAUCCCUCACCUUGCUGGGCUCCAAGACUUCCCCCCAUCGCCUACAGACAGGCAGAGCUCCUUCCUUUCAUUCACACAGCCUUUUCUCAGGCCAAGUUGCUGCAAGACCUGGGCACUCGCCCUGCAGCACCUUCUGCCAAGGUGGGCCAGGAGCCCACAUCUGCGCUGGCACUGCACGGGGGUGGGCAGUUCUUCCAAGCCCAUCACUUGCUUUCCAGGGCAGUCAGCUGGCCUCGCUGAUUUGCUGUACCCAAGAGUUGGGGGGGGGGGAAUCUGGGAAAGGCAGGCCCACAUUUCCAAAACUGCUGCUGCCUGCUGUGCCCUGCUUCCGUGCCUCCAAAAGAACUUGGGACAAUAAGAACCAGGCAGCCAUGGGCCUUGAAAACAAGGCAGGCUUUAUUGCAGAUCAACUUGGCUUUGUCAGCAACACAUUUUUGCAAAUUAAGGACUCGGAGGGAAGGGCAGUGAAAUGCUUUCUAGACUUGCUGAUGAUGCAGAAUGAGCAUCAUCGAGUGAGAGUGAGCACCCUAAAAUACAAUACUCAAAAUGAUGUUAACAGGUUGGAGAUAUUAACCUAAUGCCAGAUUUAGUUGAGAAAAUGCAAUUUUUCAGUAACAAUCCAGUGCGCAGGUUAGGGAAACACUGGUGCUGGCAUUUCACAAGCUAUGAUUCCUCGUGUACAUCUGAAUUCUUUACCAAGAGUCAGAAAUGGGAAGAGGUGUGCGGCCUUGGGAAAGGCUUGCCAGGGUCAGUGGAGCUGGCCAGCAGACUUUAGGAAGACAUUAACUGGAUGAUCCCAGCCUGUCCUCUGCUCUGGGCAAAGAAAGGUAGCCCUUCCUGAAAGGAGGGAGAAGAAGGUGCUGAGGGGAGUUCCCUGGGGGCACCCCUGGCCCAGUUCUGGUGGGCCUUUUCUUCUGCGGUGCUUUGGUUUCGACUGGAUGGCCCCUCCCUGAACUUUCUGCUUCUUCUCUAGAUCCUGGUCUUGGUGUGUAUCUACCUGGUGACCCUCUCCCUCAGGUGAGCAGAGGGGCUGGCUAAGCUCCCCUGCCGGACUCCCAGGGGAUAGGGGAGUCUUGCUCACUUCCCCAUCUCCAGCAGCCUCGGGAAUGUGGGUGACAAUAAACCACUGGGUCUGAAUCUGGUCUUGUCCUGCCUUCUGGGUGGGAAGCAUGAGACAAAUUAACUCUGGGGCAGGGCGGUAAUUCUCUACAUCUGGCUCCCCUGCGAAGGAGGGUGGGUGCCUGUGCCUGACCCAGCCAGUAGGGGCUUGCUUGUGGGCCUGCUGGGGGAGUGGGAGGAGAGCCCGGUAAGAUCUAAGGACCAAGGCAUCGGCUGCAGGGCAGGUGUGGGAUGGAGGAAGGGUCUUUUUCUCCUUGCUUGUGAGUGACCCCCCCCUUCCUGCAGGGUCUAUGAAUGAGUACGCCUCCUCAGGUGCAGGGCUGGAGGGAGGCCCCUGUUCUCAGACGAUUGAUGGUUGCUAAGUGGGGUGGGAGGUGGGGGUGUAGAGGAAAGUCCUGGGACUUCUGCCUGCUCCCAAGCCAAACUUGACUGGGGAGCAGAGGGAGGGAAAAGCCCAGCCCUGGGUGGAUCUGUGGGGGCAGCUGGGCCCGCUUGAUCCCGCUGGGUUUCUCUUUCAGCCUGCUGGGCAGUGGCUCCAUUCUGGCCAUGGCCGUCCGCCGAAGACAAUGCUGCUGUGACCAGGUUUGAUGGGUGACUCCCAAUGGCCUCCCGGUGUUUGGCAACCUGCUUUAUACCUCACUCUUUCUCUGGGUCUUCACAGGGCACUGAAUUAUAACACAAGCUGGCUGGGUUUGUGCAAGAACACACACCAACUUCAAUGAACGCAGGUUUGGCAGCUCCGGCCUCUCGUCCUCCUCUCACUCGCGGACUUCCUGGGCGCUGCGGUGCUGAUCCCCACCAUGGCCCUCCACCUCCUUCCCACCCAGCACUUUGGGGCGGCCCACGGCUUCUGCCUGUAUGGGCGGAUGUUUGGCAUGAUGUUCUAUGCCAUCUCUCUGCUGAUGGUGCUCGUCUACGCAUGUGAAGUGAACCAGGCAGUCAGAGGCUGGAGAGUGACUCAGGAGGACAGCUCCUACUGCCCCAGGUUCCAGCUGGCUCUGCCCUAUACCCUGGCUUGGUUGCUCCCUUGCCUGGUAGUUCUGGCUCUGAUAGUCCUAAGCAGCAGGCCCCUGAGUAGCGAGGCCUUCCUCCAGCCUUUGCCCCAGGCAGGCAUGGACUCCUCAGGGGCCUCCAACCUCUCCUGCUCCAGCUGCCUGAUUCUCAUCCACCUUUCCCACAACUCCUGCUAUAAGGCCCCCAGGCAGCCAAGCCCCCCUCUUGCCUCCCAGCACUCGCGCAAGGACAGCAGCAUCUUCUUCCUGGUGUUUCUGGCCUUGGUUGUGUCCGCUUGCGUGGUUCUCUACUGCAGGGUGAAGAGAUGGCAAUGCCGGUACCGCCACGGGCUGCGGAGCGAGGGUUUUGCCAGCAGAAGCCAUGUCACCCGCAGCUUCCAGCUGGUCCUCGUGUUCUGCUGGAUGCCAGCUUGCCUCCUGGUGGUGCUAUCAUUCACCCGCCUGCAGCUCUCCACCCUUUUUCCUCUCUUGGUGGCCACGGCCCUGACUGCCCCCCUCCAGGGCUUCCUGCACAGCCUGGUCUAUGGCUGGUUGAGGAGCAGCUUCCGCCAGGAGGUUGCGGGUGAGCGGCUCCCGCUGUAUUGCUCGCCGGACCUGAAGGCCUCCUUCGAUGACUCCUUGGCUGCGUCUGGCUAGCUCCGAAAGCCUUUCUGGGUCCAGAUGCGCAUGAGAGGCAGCAAGUACCCCUUGAAUAAAACAAUAGAAUAUAAUAGAGCUAGAAGGGACCUCGGAGGCCUUCUACUCCAACCCCCUGCUUCAGCAGGAGACCCUGUACCAUUUCAGGCAAAUGGCUGUUCUGCUAAAUAAAAUGUGCAGGGAGCUUCA